CAUUCUUUGCAAGCGGUGAGAUGCUGAUUCAAUCUCUAGUAAUUUGAUUGUUUGAGGACAGGAUCAAAACAAACCGCUUCGUAACCGAACAAACAUGCGAACUGAAACACGGAAUACCCACCAGACAUAUGAUCUUCUUCAAUUAUAGUCUUGGAGGUACAUACUCAUCAUCCACAAACUUCACCCAUCUUUCUCUUCCACGAUGGCUACUUCCAGCACCAACCAAGCACAACUCGUCACCUUCCACCAAUGGGUGGCACGGAGGAUCCAGUCCUUUGACUUCGCUGCCCACCCCGUCACUUCAGCAGGAUGGACAUGGACACUCGACAGCGACCUUGAGAGCUACGUGAUCGACUACCUCGCUCACGGUAGAUCAGAAGCAGAAGUAACCGAGUGUCUUAGCUUCCGAAACCUCGUCCGAGAUGCUCCGUCUCCAUCGAGUAUGACCGCGGAACAUCGAGAAGAGAGAGAGAGACGACUGCUGUAUGGAAAAUCCCCAGAACCGUCUGAAACUAUCCAAACACUGAGUAUGGUCUUAGAUUCUCAAGUUACAACCGGACGGUAUUGGCAAGACCGCCUACAAGACGGCGAGUUGGCAGCUGGAAUUUCUCGAGACGACGUUGCACCGCUGCUUCAAGUACGAGAGUUGAUAGGGCGCAACUGUUGGAUCAUGCUCACGCUUAACAACAUGACCUUGCAUCAAACCCGAGAAUUAAAUGCUCAUAUCUUGAGACAGCAAGCCAUCUUGAUCAGAAUGCAACCGAUCAUCAACCAAAAUAGAAUGAACGAACUGGACCGGGCACUCCAACAGGCACUUCAAGAUCUCGAAGCCGACUACGAAGCCCCGCCAGAGCAGUUCACGCCAGAGUUCAUAGAAACGACUCGUCGACAGCUCGAAGCCAUUUACAGAGAGCAGCAAGAGCAGACUGAAUCGGGCAUACAGGAACAGUGUGAGGCCAGUAGACAGCCAAGACUCGUCGUCUGACGAAUCCGAAGAAGAGCAUUCAUCUAAUGAGCCCAGCACGACUCGAGCCAGAAACUCCUCACGUCAUGGCAAUGUCCCGGCUGCCACAAUAUGGAAUCAAGGCGAUGAUCCUCUCGUGGAAGUGCUGAGCGUGUCCAGUGACGAGGAUGAGGACAGCCAUGUUCAUUAUCGACCAGACUGGCACGAGCCUGGCAGCAUCCUAGGAGACAUCCCUUCAAGAUUUUCCCGAAGAUGAAUUUAAAUGCCAGUGACAAUAGGGUAACGUCUUAAUACUGUAUAAAUCCGGGCUCGAUAGCCCCUUAACUGCGAUUCGCCGCACAGCCUGUAAGCC